AUGGAAUCAAAUGACUUUGAGAAAUACAAUACAGUUCAAUACUGUUUUCCAUCUCAAAAUUCAUCUUGUACAAAGGAGAUUAGGUCUACAUCUGUCAGCGUUGUUUUAUAUGUGUUGUUUUCAAUAAUAUCCAUACUCACUGUGUUUUUGAAUCUGUUGGUGAUCAUCUCCAUCUCUCAUUUCAAGCAACUCCACACUCCAACCAACCUGCUCAUCCUCUCACUGGCUGUGGCAGAUCUAAUGGUUGGUGCGAUUGUAAUGCCAAUGGAGAGCAUACGGUUAAUUGAGACGUGCUGGUAUUUUGGGGAGAUUUUCUGUGCACUGUAUCCUGUUAUCGUGUAUAUUGUUGUAUCGGCUUCUCUUGGAAAUUUGGUCUUUAUAUCAGUUGACCGCUACAUAGCCAUAAGUGACCCUUUAAGAUACACCGUGAGAGUAACAUUCAGAAAAACCUUAUGUUGUAUAGGCAUUUGCUGGUCCUCAUCUCUGACCUAUGCUGUAGUUUUAUUAUUUGAUCAUUUAAGUGAACCUAUGGCUCAUGUAGCAUGUUAUGGAGACUGCAUAGUUGUCACAGAGUUUAGUGUGAUGAUUGCUGAUCUAAUAAUUACUUUUCUUACUCCUUGUACGGUUAUAAUCAUUUUAUAUUUUAAAGUUUUUAAAUUGGCUAGAAAACAAAUGAACAUAAUAAAUGAAAUGAGCGCUGGCCUAAAACAUAGUGAAAAAGCUGUAUUACCAAAGAAGUCCGAACGUAAAGCUGCAAAGACUUUAGGUGUUUUAAUCGUAGUGUAUUUAAUUUGUUGGAUACCUUAUUACAUUUGCAUCCUUACAGUCGACAAUAUCACGACUUCGUCAGCUAUUGUUAAUAUCCUCAGUUGGUUUAUGUACAUAAAUUCUUGUUUAAAUCCUGUCAUAUAUGCACUAUUUUAUCCAUGGUUUAAAACAUCAGUAAAAUACAUACUGACUCUAAGAAUAAUCAAAUCAUCUUCUUCUUCUUUUAUUAAUUUAUUUUCAGACAAUGGAUAA